CCGAAAAUUCCGCCUUCAUUGCGCAAUAUAAUGAAUGGGGGAUGUCGUUAGCGCUGAUGGUACAUCCAGUGGAAAUCUUGCCUGGACGACUAUCGCUAUUAUUAUUCCUCCUAUUCAUCUUAUCCCUCUUAUUAGGGAUAGAUGCUUACUACCCUGUGGUACAAGAUCAUGUAUAUCUAGGUAUUGCUGUGCCCCAAGAAGAAAGUCGUCGAUUGAGCUUAAGAGCUCGUAGGCCCUAGGGGCUUCCCGUAACGGUGUUCGAGACCUGCUUGCU